AUGCCUAGUUAUGCUAAGUUCCUCAAGGACAUCUUAAGUAAGAAGAAAAAUCUGACCGAGUAUGAAACCGUAGCUCUUACUAAAGGGUGUAGUGCACUUCUGACCAACAAGAUACCUCCUAAGCUUAAAGACCCAGGAAGUUUCACUAUUCCUUGUUCUAUAGGUGGGAAAGAGAUUGGGAAAGCUUUGUGUGACUUAGGCAUAGGGGAGGCUAGACCUACCACGGUUACACUCCAAUUGGCCAACAAGUCCAUAGCAUACCCUAAGGGAAAGAUUGAGGAUGUGUUAGUGCAAGUUGACAAGUUCAUAUUUCCGGCAGAUUUUAUCAUUCUAGACUUUGAGGCAGAUAAAGACAUUCCUAUUAUUUUAGGAAGACCAUUUCUGGCCACCGGGAGAACUUUGAUAGAUGUCCAGAAAUGA